AUGAGCCGAUUACAUAAAGUUUUCGUUUAUGGAACGCUCAAAAAAGGGGAACCGAAUCAUAAUUGGUUUGAGAAAGACAGCGGAUAUUAUAAAUUAAUUUCAGAGGCAAAAACUGUAGAGAAAUAUCCACUAAUUAUUGGGACCAAAUACAACAUUCCGUUCUUGCUCCACAGCCCGGGUAAUGGGACUAAUGUGAGAGGAGAGGUCUAUGAAGUUGACGAUAAGGUUUUUGCAAAUUUGGAUACGUUAGAGGAUCAUCCCAAUUUUUACAUAAGAGAGGAGAGAGAUGUGCAGUUGUUGAACUCAAAUGAAAAAGUUAAAACUUGGAUUUAUUUUAUCAAAGAUUUUAAAGAGGAGCUUUUAAACAAGACCACUUAUGAGUCUUAUAGCAAUGCAGGAUCUCAUGGGUUGAAAUACGUUGAAAGGUACUUACGAGGAGACACUUACGACCAUAAGUUAGAUAUACUGAAAACUGUAAAAAGCUAAUUUUAGUGAAAAUGCUACUUUGGAAGAUCUUUAGAGAAGAUCAAUGCUGGGGUUUAUUGUUUCUUUGAAAAUAUGGUUUUAAUAAAAUUUAAAAAUUAA